GUACCAAGAAAAAAAUGUGAUCUUCAAUAGGAAUCGAUAAGAUGAAGUCAUCCGAAGAUAUUAUUAACUCGAAGAUGAAAAUAGCAAUUGAAAAUGGUGAUACAGAUCUGGCAAGAAAGCUGUUGACUAAAGGGGCAGACCCAAAUGUGAUAGAAAUGGAAACAAAGAAAAAUAGUCAACAUUCGAUACUAAUUUUAUCCAUCUCGCUAAAAGAAACCAAUAUAGCUCGUUUACUUGUCGAAAACGGUGCUGAAGUGGACACUAUUUACAUGAAUUACGAUGAUGAUAACUUAUGUAUUUAUGAAAUGACGGCGUGGACCACGGCAAAGUUGAUGUAUGACGAAGAACCUACUCCCUCUAUGGGAGAACUGCUGUAUGUUAUAGAAGAACGACUUAAAUCAUAUAAGGGAAGAACCCCAAAGAAGAUACCACCUAAAAAUUUACCGCUUGAUGUACCAUCACAGGUGUUACUUGAUGCGAUUCGGGAAUCCGAUGAAGAGUCAGUUAGAUUAUUAAUCAGCCAUGGCGUAGAUGUGAACACAGUUGAAAGAGAUAGUAAAAGUGGUAGACAGCAUUCUGUCCUGAUUACUGCUAUAACACUAGAGCAAACACAGAUUGCCAAAUUGCUCAUAGAAAAUGGUGCUGAAGUGGACACGGUUUUUCAGAAUUACGAUCCUACCGAAAACGUGUCCUAUGACGUCACUGCAUUGGAAGCUGCGCAAACCAUGCAUCAAGCUUUCCCGGAUAUCGGUAUGGAGAAGAUCAUUGAGAUAAUAAAGGGACACAUUAAAGGGAAAAAGGGUAAACCAAAAAUUAUAAUCGCCUACAAUACCCCACUAACUUUGCGGCACAGAGGUUCCAAUGUUAUACAGCCAAUAGAACUACCUAUACCAACUAUACGAUUCGAGAAUGUCGAUGACCCAGAAGAUGUAGUGGAACUAGAAGACACUGGUACAUCAAAACACAACAACAUUGAUACAUCAUGUACAAACAAAAAACGAGAUGAAACUAUUUCAACGUUUUCGAGAACUUGUACAGUGCUGUGA